CAAGAAACUUCUCUCCCCAUAACAAGAAGCUCACCAAAAAAACACACACACACACACACAAAGUAUUAAUAUACCAAUGCCCCUUGCACAAACUCUAUGAUCAUGGCUGAUAACUACAACAACACAAACAUCUUCGGCUCCGGGCACUCCUCAGCACUUGCUCGUGGCCACGAGCCCGGCUUUGAGGCCUCGGAUUUUUCCAACAUUGAUGAUUGGUUUGAUAAUGUUUCCGCGGACUUUUCCUCAUUUUCUCAUCUAAUGGGCUACAUGCCUAGCCAGCACGAGGCUGAAUCCGGGGACACGAGCUACACGAGUAGCUUCUCCGGGGAUGCUACGAUCAACGGAGAGAUUGGGAGAGAGAGGGAGAGGAAAGGGAGAGGAGAGAAAGUUGCUUUCAAGACUAAAUCAGAAAUUGAGGUAUUAAAUGAUGGGUACAAAUGGAGAAAGUAUGGCAAGAAGAUGGUCAAAAAUAGCCCUAAUCCAAGGAAUUACUAUAAAUGCUGGGUAGAAGGAUGUCCGGUGAAGAAGAGAGUGGAGAGGGACAAAGAAGAUCGACGAUACGUUGUGACAACCUACGAGGGAAUCCACAAUCAUGAAGGUCCAACAAUUUAGGAUUGUAUCAAUCAAUCUAACUUUUAUUUUUCAUGAAAUUUAUGUUGAAUCCAAGUUAGAUUUUUUUUAAAGCUUUAUCACCUGCAGCUCAGAAAAGGCAGCAUAAACUAAGUAGAUAAAAGCAGGAUAUUUUGCUUUUUUCAUAUGCUACCAUUGUACUACUUGUACUUAAUUAGCAUUUGAUAUACUCAUUAAUGAAAUAAAAUACGAGAUCGAUCAAGUUUCAGUGGUAAA